UUGACUACAAUCUGGUCACUACUUCGUGCGGAAUGGCGGAGCUACGACAAGUCGAUGGUUCCCGCGUGGAGCGUUUUUACAGUCAGGAUUUGAGCCGCUACUUCUGGUGGUUCAUCUGCAUCACUCCCGCGACCAACGGGGGCUGUGACUUCGGCUUCUUUGACCUCCAAAUACGGGACAACAGAGAGGGAAUGGCCGGAGAGAUCAACCUGAACGGACUCCCAUGGGACAAAAUAUCUGCUGACCUAAAACUUAUCCAGGGGAAGACCUUUGAUGACCCCUUAGUUCGUUACGCAUGGUUAGGAACGGAAUGCUGA